GGGCUUUGCUGAGGUCACUCGCGCGAGGCCACUCUUGGCGCGCCUGUGGGAGGCUCGGUGGCGCGGGAGGACCGGCGACCUGCGGGUUCGGAGAGCUCGCACGGCGCUGACAGCCACGGUCCCCCACCGAGGCCGCGCCCGCCGCUUCCACCAGAAGGCUCCGCAAGGCUCACGGACCUCCAAGUCCCCAGGAGAAGAGACAAGGCUCCGGAUUCCUGAUCUAGCUUUGGCCACCGGAAGGCUCUCGGCUGGGGAGCAUCAUGUCCACCUUUGAAGACGCUGAUACGGAAGAGACCGUCACUUGUCUCCAGAUGACCAUUUACCAUCCUGGCCAGCUGCAAAGUGGGAUAUUUAAAUCAAUAAGGUUUUGCAACAAAGAGAAAUUUCCUUCUAUCGAAGUGGUGAAAUUUGGACGGAAUUCAAACAUGUGCCAGUAUACGUUUCAGGACAAACAGGUUUCCCGAGUUCAGUUUGUUUUACAGCCGUUUAAACAGUUCAACAGCUCGGUUCUCUCCUUUGAAAUAAAAAACAUGAGCAAGAAGACCAGUUUGAUGGUGGAUAACCAGGAACUCCGCUACCUCAAUAAAAUGGACCUGCCUUACAAGUGCAUGCUCAGGUUUGGAGAGUAUCAGUUCCUGUUGGAGAAGGAAGACGGAGAGUCGGUGGAAUCUUUUGAGACUCAAUUUAUCUUUUCUUCAAGACCACUCUUACAAGAAAACAAUUGGCCAACCCAAAAUCCCAUACCGGAGGAUGGGGUGUUUUCUUCCUAUUUCACCCACAGAUGUUUUCCUUCAGAAAUGGAUGAAAAUGAGCUGUGAAGAGGGAGAGGGUCCAACCGGAGACACAUGAGGGAUGAGGACAUGUGGCUAGACAGACACUCGAGACAUCCAAGCUUGUGAGCUUAGUGCAGCACGGAUGUCCGCAUGCUGACUUUUGUUUUGGUCAUAGCAUUUGGAAGUCUCUAGACUGUGUUAGUCAUCAACUUAGUCAACUGUUUGAGUUUCGGCUCUACAAAGAAUUAAGUGUACAUCUGUAAGGGUUGGUGCGGAAGACAUGUCGUCUGUGUAAUCAUGACGUCAUCCCCAUGCUUUGUCUUGGUAGCAGCCAUCUCUUGGCCUGGUCGCAUCAUUUCAUUGCAGCCUUUGUUUAUCAUCGAGUUUAGAGCUCGGGCAGAUGGUUCUCUGGUGUCUGCGGCGUGUUCCUGCUUGUAGAGCCAGAAUCCUGGAAUGUGCUCUAGAGUGCUGAGUCACAGUGCCACCAUUAUGGAAAGACUUGAGAAAGAGCCCCUUGGUCUUCUUUCUGUGGAACUGUGACGUUUAUUUCUAUGCUUUCCCAUACGUAGGCCCUGCAACUAGCAUUUAAAGAACACUGAGAUUAAAUUUGCUUUCUUUCAAAAUUGAAAGCGUAUUCUAUGUAGUUACCAGUUUAAAAAUGGCAGAAAUCGAACCGUUUAACAGCUUCUUUGCAUAUGAUUAAGUCGGAGCUCUGUCCCUCAGUUGCCGCUUUGAAACUUCUUAAAGGAAAAAUCUGUUCUUCAGCUGCUCUGUAGAAGUCAGUACAUGUGAAUAUUUAUAAUAAACGCUUAAAGAUUUCUAAACUUUUA